AAACCCGGACAAGAUGGCGGCGAGGGACGCGGCGCGGCGCGCGGGCCCGGCCCGCCACCGGCCCGCCCCGGCAGGUAAGCUUUAUGAAGAAGAGGAGGACGAUGCCCUGCCGGACUCGGAUGCCCUGCCGGACUCAGAUGACGAGGUGGAACUGGAUAAGCCGCGCCCCAUACAGAUUGUCCUUGCUCAUGAAGAUGACCAUAACUUUGAAUUAGAUGAAUCAGCUUUGGAAAAAAUCUUGCUUCAGGAACAUAUUAAAGAUCUUAACAUAGUAGUUGUGUCUGUAGCAGGAGCUUUCCGCAAAGGAAAAUCUUUUUUGCUGGACUUCAUGCUUAGAUACAUGUAUAACAGGACUUCUCCUUGUUGGAUAGGUGGAAACACGGAGCCAUUGACCGGAUUUACAUGGAGAGGUGGAUGUGAACGGGAAACCACUGGCAUUCAGAUUUGGAGUGAAGUGUUUGUAAUUGAAAAACCUAAUGGAACAAAGGUUGCUGUACUACUCAUGGAUACCCAAGGUGCCUUUGAUAGCCAAUCCACUAUCAAAGACUGUGCAACAGUUUUUGCCCUGAGCACCAUGACGAGCUCUGUCCAGGUAUACAACUUGUCUCAGAAUAUUCAGGAAGAUGACCUUCAGCACUUGCAGUUGUUUACAGAAUAUGGAAGACUAGCUAUGGAAGAAAUCUACCAAAAGCCGUUUCAGACAUUAAUGUUCUUAAUUAGAGAUUGGAGUUAUCCUUAUGAACAUGCAUAUGGCUUGGAAGGAGGAAAAAAGUUCCUAGAGAAAAGAUUGCAGGUAAAGCAAAACCAACAUGAAGAGCUACAGAAUGUAAGGAAGCAUAUUCACUCCUGUUUCAGUAAUCUUGGGUGUUUCCUGUUGCCCCACCCUGGUCUUAAAGUUGCAACAAAUCCAAAUUUUGAUGGGAGAUUGAAUGAUAUAGAUGAGGAUUUUAAGAAUGAACUGCGGAAUUUGAUACCGUUACUGCUUGCCCCUGAAAACUUGGUAGAAAAAGAGAUUAGUGGAUCCAAGGUGACCUGUAGAGAUCUUGUAGAAUACUUCAAGGCUUACAUUAAAAUCUAUCAAGGAGAGGAGCUACCUCAUCCAAAAUCUAUGCUGCAGGCAACAGCUGAGGCGAACAAUCUUGCUGCUGUGGCAGGAGCAAAAGACUUGUACAGCAAAGGCAUGGAGCAGGUGUGUGGGGGAGAUAAGCCUUACAUUGCCCCGUCGGACCUGGAGCAGAAGCACCAGGAUUUCCGCGAGAGCGCCAUCCGCCAGUUCCGCUCCGUCAAGAAGAUGGGAGGGGAGGAGUUCUGCCGGCGCUACCAGGAGCAACUGGAAGUGGAAAUCGAAGAGAUCUAUGCAAACUUUGUGAAGCACAACGAUGGCAAAAACAUCUUUUAUGCUGCUCGUACCCCUGCCACUCUAUUUGCAGUCAUGUUUGCCAUGUACAUAAUCUCAGGACUGACUGGGUUCCUUGGCAUGAACUCCAUAGCUGCCCUGUGUAAUCUCGUGCUGGGGAUGGCUCUUAUAUCGUUUUGUACUUGGGCAUACGUUAAGUACUCUGGGGAAUUCAGAGAAGUUGGAACAGCCAUUGAUCAGAUCGCUGAAGCUAUAUGGGAACAGGUGUUGAAGCCCAUGAGUGAUAAUUUGAUGGAGGAUCAUAUGAGGCAGUCUGUAAAAAACUCUAUCAAAGCAGGCCUGACCGAGCAGGUGGCUCACCAUGCCAGACUAAAGACAGACUGACAGUUCGUCUCCUCUUCAACUCUGCCCUCUCAUCCUAGACGUGCUUGCUGUACCAUGAGAACUCAAUAAUAAAAAAAAAUAAAUAAAAAUAAACCAAAGUUUACAAUCAACUGUAGAAGUAGUUUAGUGUGAUUGGCUUCACAGAUUGCUGCCAUCACCGGGGAAGAGUUACAUUUGUCAGUGCUCAGCUUCUCAGACAAACUGGUGCCAUGGAGCCCGCUUGGGUGGGAGGGAGUGGCUCAGCUUUACGCAGUCCUGGUGCCCCGCGUUUGGGGGAGGGAGGGGGAGCUUCCCCAGCGUUGUGAGUCCGUGCAGGCUCUGGCUUACAGGGCGAGCCUGUCCCCUGCAGCAGCUGACUUCAGGGAAGUGUCAUGAUCAGCCCCAUCCAGCUGUGCUCUCCCCGAUGUCCCCAGCUCGGCACCACCCCCGCCAGCUCCCGCGAGUGUUUCUGUGCGCGGCCGUGCAGCCAUCGGAGCAGCCUCUCCAUUACAACGCGUCUCCUGCUUUCUUGCCUUGUCCCAGUGUUACACAGAUGCAUGUGCUGGUUCCUCACGCAGAACUGGGCUGUCAGGGAGGCAGUGGCUCAGCACAGAGGGUGUCUCGCCUUGAACUCGCAGACCUGGUCCCGAGGGAGGUGCAUAUCGGAACUGAGCUGUCUUUUUCUGCAGUUUAGCCUUCAUGUAUAUAAUAUUGCCAUUAAUUCUACUGGGGAAGAAAUUCCAUCCAAAAAUGUUGCCUACAGCUACCAAGCAAUGAGUUAGGAUUGUCUGUACAGUGUGUUUAGUUUUUAUUUUUUAAGAAAUCACAGAUAGGGCAUGUAUAUGAAAUAUAAAUAUAUAAAUACGAUUUUGUAUCAAAGUUUUGUAGUUUAUGGCAAAACCUGGUUCUGUGGUAGCUAAGUGCAGUUCCUGUAAAGGAAUGUUUGUGGCUCAUGUAAAUGUGUGAAUGCAUCAACAAUUUGAAGUUUUUUGAUAUAUUUGUGAUAUUUACCUGCCUUGAGCACUGCAAUCUCUCACCCCCUUGGAAAAAUCAAUGGGAAUGUUUGUUGUGAAACUCUUGUCUUCUGUUGCAUUUUAAAGUUAUUUCCUGUAAUUUAUUUUCAGUACAUUAUUAAAAUCAGUUGUGUAUAUAUGAAAUGAAAUCCGUGCUUAUUUUUAAAAAAUGUUCAAGUAUUGUAUUCUACUACAUAAACUAUGUCAAAUACUUAUCCUGACAAUUAUAUGAACAGAUUUGUUCUAUUGUACUUCAUAGCUUUCUAUUGAAGCCGAUGUUCCUCUCAUGCUUGUCUCUGGAAGGUGACCUCUGUCCAGCUCAUACCCCCUCCCUGUAUAGGAAAACCUCCUGCUGUUCUUAAGCACGCUUUUGACUUGUGGAGUUGCUUGUCAGAUUCUGCCCUCCGACAAUUGUAUCACUCUGAAAUCUUGUUACUGGCUUUACUUUCAUUCUUGGCUAAAUCAGUAUCAACUGUGUGUAGUGUAAAGGCAGCUAAACAAUUAACUGCUGUAGUUUCAGCUGGAAAUGGCUGUGUGCAAUAGCUGGGUUGUUUGCAUUCCUAAAUGGUAACAAUUUUCAUCAACAUUUGAGCUUUAACAUCUCCCCUCUCUUGAGUGAGGGAAAUCAUCUGUCUAGGACUAAAGCAAUUGCACUGUGACUUUUGCACUGCAAAGAACUGCUGGGGAGUGGUGGUUACCUGCCCUCUGCAGGUGAGGGCUCAGCUCCAGGGGAAUGAUGCUAAAGAUGAGGUAGGAAUGUCGCAUUUUAUGAUAUCUCAACCUGUACAGAUUAAAUACUGUUAUUCAAACAA